GGCGGCGCCGUCACCCGCCCUUCUCAGUGGAAGUAUGCGACACUUAAUAGCUCAAGUGACUAGUGGUCUCCUGCAGUUCCCAGAAGUGACUAUUCAAGCCCUUGGAGAAGACGAAAUAACAUUAGAUUCUGUGGUUCGUGGGAAGUUUGCUGCAGGAAAAAAUGGACUUGCCUGCUUGGCUUGUGGUCCACAACUUGAGGUAGUAAACUCUGUAACAGGAGAGCGGUUGUCUGCAUAUAGAUUCAGUGGAGUAAAUGACCAGCCUCCUAUAAUUCUAGCAGUGAAAGAAUUCUCUUGGCAGAAGAGAACUGGAUUGUUAAUAGGAUUGGAAGAAGCAGAAGGAAGUGUCCUCUGUCUUUAUGACCUUGGUAUAUCAAGGGUGGUUAAAGCAGUUGUUCUUCCUGGAAGGGUAACAGCUAUUGAACCUAUAAUUAAUCAUGGAGGAGCAAGUGCAAGCACUCAGCAUUUACACCCAAGUCUGCGAUGGUUUUUUGGUGUGGCAGCUGUGGUGACCGAUGUUGGACAGAUCCUUCUUAUUGACCUAUGUUUGGAUGACUUGUCGUGUAGUCAGAAUGAAGUGGAAGCAUCAGAUCUUGAAGUUAUAACUGGUAUCCCAGCUGAGGUACCACACAUCAGAGAAAGUGUGAUGAGAGAAGGACGCCAUCUGUGUUUCCAGUUAGUAAGUCCAUCAGGAACAGCUGUUUCAACUCUUAGUUACAUAAACAGGACAAAUCAGCUUGCUGUAGGUUUUUCUGAUGGCUAUCUAGCACUUUGGAACAUGAAAAGUGUGAAAAGAGAAUAUUACACACAAUUGGAAGGUGGAAGAGUUCCUGUAUAUGCUGUUACCUUUCAAGAACCUGAGAAUGAUCCUCGUAAUUGCUGUUACUUGUGGGCUGUUCAGUCUACACAAGAUACUGAAGGGGAUGUUUUGAGUUUGCAUCUACUUCAGCUGGCCUUUGGUGAUAGAAAGUGUUUGGCAUCGGGACAGAUCUUAUAUGAGGGGUUAGAGUACUGUGAAGAAAGAUACACACUGGACCUGACAGAUGGCAUGUUUCCUUUGAGGGGACAGACUAGUAAUACCAAAUUGUUGGGAUGCCAGAGUAUAGAGAAAUUUCGAUCUCAUGGUGACAGGGAGGAAGGCAUGAAUGAAGCUCUAUCUCCUGAUACUAGUGUUUCAGUCUUUACCUGGCAAGUGAAUAUAUAUGGACAGGGAAAGCCUUCUAUGUAUUUGGGACUUUUCGACAUAAAUCGUUGGUAUCAUGCACAAAUGCCAGAUUCAUUAAGAUCUGGAGAAUAUCUGCAUAAUUGCUCUUAUUUUGCUCUGUGGUCACUGGAUUCUGUUGUAAAUAGGACUUAUCCACAUUACAUCUUGGAUAUAUUAAUACAUGAGAGAAGUUUAAGUCGAGGAGUUCCUCCUUCAUAUCCACCUCCUGAGCAGUAUUUUAACCCAAGCACUUAUAAUUUUGAUGCUACUUGUUUAUUAAACUCAGGAGUUGUUCAUGUAACUUGUACUGGCUUUCAGAAAGAGACUUUGACUUUUUUAAAGAAAUCAGGGCCAUCUCUCAAUGAAGUCAUUCCUGAUGGUUAUAAUCGAUGUCUCAUAGCUGGUCUUCUCUCACCAAGACUUAUUGAUAUUCAGCCUUCCAGUUUAAGUCAAGAAGAACAGUUAGAAGCUAUAUUGUCAGCAGCAAUUCAGACAAGUUCCCUGGGACUUUUGACUGGUUGUAUCAAAAGAUGGAUAGCAGAAGAACAACCAAAUUCUGCUGCUAAUUUGCGCUUUGUUCUUGAAUGGACAUGGAAUAAAGUGGUUCUCACAAAAGAGAAAUUUGACAGACUAUGUACACCAUUAUUUGAUGGUUCAUGUCGUUUCAUUGAUCCACAAACUAUACAGUCUAUCCAGCAGUGCUAUUUGCUUCUUAGCAACCUAAAUACAGUCUUAAGCUGUUUUACAUCAGAGGCCCAAGAGAUAACUGAGAGAGGACUGAUGGACUUAAGCAAUAAGUAUACCGUUACCCAGCUCAUCUGUCAAUAUGCACAAGUGGUUCUUUGGUUCUCUCAUUCUGGACUUUUACCAGAAGGCUUAGAUGAUGCUGUGCAGUUGUCAAGAUUAUGCUACAGCUAUCCUGUAAUUCAGAACUACUACACCAGUCGUCGACAGAAGUGUGAGCGUUUGUCAAGAGGGAAGUGGAACUCUGAUUGCUUGAUGAUUGAUGGAAUGGUUUCUCUGUUAGGAGAUCAAGUUGAGAAGUUGUGGAAACGGGAUGAAGGAGGCACAGGAAAAUAUCCUCCUCCUAGUCUACAUGCACUACUUGACAUAUACCUAUUAGACAACAUCUCUGAAGCAAGCAAGCAUUCUAUUACCAUUUAUUUGCUACUUGAUAUUAUGUAUUCCUUUCCAAACAAAACAGAUUCUUCCAUUGAAUCUUUUCCAACUGCUUUUGCCAUUUCUUGGGGCCAGGUUAAACUUAUUCAAGGGUUUUGGCUGAUAGAUCAUAAUGACUAUGAGAGUGGUUUGGGUCUUCUGUGUCAUCCAGCUACUGCAAAACCUGUGUCAUGGCAACAUUCAAAGAUUAUUCAGGCCUUCAUGAGUCAGGGCGAGCACAGACAAGCCCUCAGAUAUAUUCAAACAGUGAAGCCAACAGUGUCCAGUAGUAGUGAUGUUAUCCUUCACCUCAAUGUUUUGCUUUUUAAUAGGUGCAUGACUGAGGCUUGGAGUUUAUUGCGGCAACAUUCUAAUAGGUUGAAUAUAGAGGAGUUACUGAAGCACACAUAUGAAGUCUGUCAGGAAAUGGGCUUAAUGGAGGAUUUACUGAAGUUACCAUUUACAGACACUGAGCAGGAAUGUUUAGUGAAGUUUUUGCAGUCCAGUGCCAGUGUUCAGAAUCAUGAAUUCCUUUUAGUUCAUCAUUUGCAGCGUGCCAAUUAUGUCCCUGCCUUGAAGCUGAACCAAACUCUGAAGAUUAAUCUUAUGAAUGAUCGUGAUCCUCGUUUGAGGGAGAGAUCAGUGGCUCGAAAUUCUAUAUUAGACCAAUAUGGAAAAAUCCUUCCUAGAGUCCACCGAAAAUUAGCCGUUGAACGAGCUAAGCCUUACCAUCUUAAAAUAUCAUCAGUUUUUCGAGAAGUUUCUAGACCCAAACCAUUGUCGGCAGUUCCAAAGCGAGCUGUAAGAGGAACUGUAUUAUCAAGAUCCGCUUUCAUCUAUAAUGUGUUAUCUAAAAUUGGAGAAGUUUGGGCAAACAAUGAGCCUAACAAUAGCAUCUCACUUUAUAAUAGGUAUGUUUUUCUUACACCUUUUUUGAAAGCUAAAACUUUGGCCAUGUCAGUUACUUCUUCUGGAUUUGCUGAGUUCACUCCUCAGUCCAUCCUAAGGUCUGGUCUUCGAACAACACCUUUAGCGUCGCCCUCUUUAUCACCUGGAAGGUCUCUUACUCCUCCUUUACGACUUAAAGAAACUAGAAUUUCAUUCAUGGAAGAAGAUAUGAACACAAAGUGGACUGCUGGAGCUGCAGAUGACAACAAAACAAAAGUAUUUGUUACUACACCUUUUCAAAAAUGUGAAGUUGAAAUAGAAACUGAAUGGCUGAAGAACAAAGAUAAGACCACAUCUUUUUCCCUGAAUAUCAGCCCUGAGAAGGACCAUCAAGAAAUGGAUGUGAGGUCACAGGAUACACCCUCACAAAGUUUGGACACACUGGACAUGAGCAAAGAAAACAGCAAUACUUCAGCCAGAUCAGACGAAACUACCUUAGAGUAUCAGGAUGCACCAUCACCAGAAGACUUUGAAAAUAGUGUUUUCAUGGCGUCUAAGCCAACAAACUCUUCCUCUGAACUAAUUACGAAUUUAACUGAACAAACUGAAAAGGACAGUGAGAAAGAUAUGUUUGAGUCAAAAGUAACUACUUCAAACCUGGAGAAACAAAUGGGCACUUUAGAAGAUGCAGAGACAAAGGAUCUCUUAGUGGCAGAGGAUGCAUUUUCAGAACUAAAUCACUUAAGCCCUAUUCAAGGACUUGAAGCUUCUGCUUGUGAACCAUCUACCCAUGAAGGGAAAAUUCUCACCCUGAAGUCCAAGGUACCAGUUUUGGAUGAAGGAUUAAUACCUGUUGAAACCUGCACCUCUACAGUUAGAGCAGAUAACAAUAAAUCUGUGGCCGAUGUCCUUGGCGGUAGUGGAAGCUCUGGGCUCACUAUCUCCGAAGGUCCUAUUAUCUCUGAACAUAGGCUUGACCAGGAAAUAGCAUUGAACUUAAAAGAGGAUCAUGAAAUAGAAGUCGAUGUACUAAAAGAAAGUGUUGACUUACCAGAAGAAAAGCCUCCAAUUUCUGACAGUUCUCCUGAUACUCAAGAAAUUCAUGUGAUUGGACUUGAAAAGCUUGAAGAUCAAGAUUCAGGAGAAGAGGCUAGGAAUCUUUCAUUUAAUGAGUUGUAUCCCUCAAGAACUCUUAAGCUUCAGUAUAAUCUUGAUACUAUGGAGCAACAGUUUUGUGACUUGCCUGAAAAUAAAGACUCUGCUGAAUGUGACAUUGCUGAAGUAGAUGGGGAACUUUUUGUGGCUCAGAGCAACUUUACCUUGAUAUUGGAAGGUGAAGAAGGAGAAAUUGAUCCAGGUGAUUCUGCAUCAUCUGAUGUGUUACCUAAAGCAGUUAACACAGCAACUGAGGAAAAACUUGUGUCCAGUGGGGAAAAUGAUAAUCAUGGACAUGUUGCAAAUUUGCCACCUAUUAUAACUAGUGACCAAGAGUCCCAAAAGGGAGAGACUUUACCAUAUGUGCCUGAACCAAUUAAAGUAGCAAUUGCAGAAAAUUUAUUAGAUGUAAUUAAAGACACAAGAAGUAAAGAGAUUACUUCAGAUACAAUGGAACAGACCAUUCAUGAAAAUAUACCUUUAAUUAGCCAAAAGGUAAUGAGUUCCACCAGGGUAGUCAAAUCUACACCUAAAACUGUUCAAGAAACAAGUACAAUGACUAUCAAUGUCAGCCAGGUGGAUGACAUGGUUUCUUCCAGAACUCGCACAAGAGGACAGCGUGUCCAAAAUCUGAAUAUCAAAUCAGCACAACAGGAAGAGUCAGCAGGUGUUGCUACUCCUAAGAUGCUGCAGCUGUCAGUUAUGAAGAAAACGAGGAAAACAAAAAUUUCUGAGGCUUCUGAGAGCACCUGCUCUGAUGUUGAAGGAAUAUCUCAGAACCAGCAAAUACCUCAAAAUUCUAUUACUCCUCGAAGAGGAAGAAGAAAGAGAGAAAUUAAUCAAGAUACAUUAGAAAGUGUUAAUUCUGUGGAACAGGAAUUCCAGGUCACUACAGUUAGGAAAUUAAGAAAGUUAAAAUCAUCUCAGCAGUUGGAACCAGCAACUAAAGAAAUUUCUUUUAAAAAAGAAGUUAAGCUCCCAUCUGUUACAAAAAAGACUCCUACAAGAAUUAAAAAAUCUGUAGAAAAUGAGGAAAGUAUUGAUAUUAUAAAUGAUCUAAAAGUUAGUAAAGUAGCAAGUCCUAGCAAAACCAUCAGAAAACUGAGAAGUGCUAAUUUAGAUGCUUCUGAAAAUAAAGGAUAUAAACAAGAUGGAAAAUCCAGUGACCAGCAACUGCCUAUUCAACAUAGGAGUAGGAUCAGAAAGAGAGAGGUUAGUCCAUCAGAUGUGAUAGAAGACUGUAAACUUGAUUCAUCCCAGUUAACUCUUCAAGCAGAAUUUGAUACACCUACCAUGCCUAAGAAACGUGGUAGACCAAGAAAAAUAAAUCCAUCUGAAGAUGUAGGAUCUGAGGCUGUUAAGGGAGAGAGAAGUCCGAAAAGGAGAGAAGCUCUCAGCAUCCAAAGGAGAUCUACAAGAAACACCCCAGCUAAAAGUGAGAAUAUUGAUGUUGGAAAACCAUCUUUAGAAGAAUCUGUUUUAGUGCCAAAUGAGGAACUUGCUAUGGUGAGGAGUUCUAAGAAAAAGCUUACAAAACGGACUGAAAAUCAAAGCCAAAAACGUUCAUUACACUCAGAAGAACGCGUAGGUGAAGUGACACCCAAAGAACCAAAUUACCAAAAAGAAAGUUUGCUUGCUACAACUGCUUUUACUAAAUCAUCCCAUAGAACAAGGACUAGAUCUAGCAAGGCCAUCAUGUUGCCAGACCUUUCUGAACCAACAAAUGAGCCAUUUCUACUUUCUCCUCCUGUCUCAAAAGUUCCAAGGAAAGAAAAAGCUAAAAAAAUAGAGGCUCCUGCACAGCUGAAAGAAUUCGUUACAGAUUCAUCUUCUCAGUUUGUCUCCUCACCUCCUGCUUUGAGGACCAGGCAAAAAAACACAUCUAGUACAUCCAAGCUUGUGGAUGAACUGGAAGAUGAUUCUAAAUCAGUAGAAACUGUGGGAAAGCAAAAAGCAAAAAGAAUGAGGACUGCAAAAACAAAAGAAACAAGCAGAAACAUAGAAAAAGAAAGUUCUUGGUCACCUCCUCCAAUAGAAAUUAAACUGAUUUCUCCCUUGGCAAGCCCAGUUGAUGCAGUAAAGAGCAAACCAAGAAAAACUGCAGAAGUAACAGGAAAGCCUCUUGGAAGGACCAGAAAGAAACUAUCUUCCUUUCCAAAGCAAGUUUUGCGCAGAAAAAUGCUGUAAUUGUUUUUGAAGUUUUUAAUGUACACCUAUUUGUAAAGUCAUCAGAUUAGUGUGGAUUAUUAAAACUCAUCAAAUUUGGAAGAAAAUAAUUUAUAUAAAUUAUUGUAAAUUUUUGUAAACAGGAGGUCUUCAAUAAGUAAAGUAACUCCAUAUGGAGUGAUGAUUCUUUUAGUCCAGGCAGUUUUUUCUAUUUUAUAUUAAGACUUCAUACAUUUAUAUAAUAUGUAAAUAUGGCUUGUUACUGCAAUGUUAAAUAAAGUGUAUACUUCACAGU